ACGCGUAUAAGCCGUAUUCUGGCACCUCUUCAGUCUUGUUCGCUUAUUUACCCCAUACCGAUCAAUGGCAUAUUUCGGUCAUCGGUCAAACGGGUACAUUAAAAAGGCGGAGCGAGCUUCUAUUUCAUUUCUUUGCUUGUACCUUCUCGCCAUCAUCAUCUUCCCAUACACACAAACACUUUCACCAUGCACCCAAGCACACGUACAUUGACCAACGCUUUCGUCGUUGCUUCUAAAAGAACGCCUUUUGGUGCUUUUGGCGGUAAACUAUCCGGCUUCACAUCAGCUCAAUUGGGUGGCUUAGCAUCAAGAGGAGCAUUGGCAGAUUUACCACAAGGAACAAAGAUUGAUGCAACAAUUUUUGGUAACGUUCAUGGAAGUGAUAAUGCUGCUGCUUAUCUUGCACGUCAUGUCGGUCAUCAUGCUGGUUUACCAGUCACAACACCUGCCCUUACAGUGAACAGAUUGUGUGGUUCUGGUUUCCAAUCAGUCAUCAAUGCUGUUCAAGAAAUCGGUGCUGGGGAUGCAAAUGUCUUGCUAACAGGAGGAACUGAGAACAUGAGUCAAGCACCUUAUACUUUAUCCGGCGUUCGUUUCGGCAACACACGUUAUGGUGUCGAUCUCAAGUUGGUAGAUAGCUUAGCAGCCGCUCUUACCGAUCAAGUCCCCACACCGACUCCAAUGGGUAUCACUGCUGAAAACUUGGCAGAAAAAUACGGAAUCACACGUCAAGAUGCAGAUAAUUUUGCUCUACAAACACAACACAGAUAUGCAAAAGCAUUAAAAGACGGUGCAUUCAAAGAUGAAAUCGUUCCAGUCGAUGUCAAGGUAAAGAAAGAAACCGUUACAGUUUCAGUUGAUGAACAUCCAAGAGGUGAAAAAGCAACUCCUGAAUCAUUAGCCAAGUUACCUGCCGUUUUCAAAAAAGAUGGUACUGUAACAGCAGGAAAUGCAAGUGGAAUCUGUGAUGGUGCCGCUGCCAAUGUGAUCGCAAGUGAAGAAGCAGUUCGUGCAAACAAUUUGAAACCUUUGGCACGUAUUGUUUCUUACGGUUAUACCGCUUGUGAGCCAUCAAUUAUGGGUAUCGGACCGGUUGAAUCUAUCAAAAUUGCACUCUCUCGUGCCGGUUUGAGCAAAGAUCAAAUUGAUAUUUGGGAAAUCAAUGAAGCAUUUGCAUCUCAAUGGUUAUCCGUUCAAAAAGAACUCGAAAUUCCAAACGAAAAAGCAAACAUCUUCGGUGGUGCAAUCGCUAUCGGACAUCCUCUGGGUGCCUCUGGAGCUCGUAUCGUUGCUAAUUUGUCUCACAACUUACACAGACUGGAUAAGAAAUACGCUGUAGGUGCAGCAUGCAUCGGUGGAGGACAAGGUAUCGCAAUCGUGCUCGAGCGUGUCUAAGAGCAUCACUCUUCAUUCCAAAAUAAUAGAUUUGAAUCAUAUCGUAAAAAAUAUACAGUAAUGCUAGGCCGUGAUGAGGUAUAAUGAUUGAGAGAAAGGGAACACAUGUCGUAUGGUACAAUGUUUUGAAAUUAGAGAUCGUCUUCUUGCUUUAUUCGGCC